AUGGCACCUGCAACACUUAUUCUCCUUAUAAUGUUCCUAAUUUCCCAAGCCAAAUCUGAAACCAACAAUAAUCUGCCGACCUUCAUAUUACCUUUUGCAGAAACCCAGUACCAAAAAGUUGCAGACCAACAGAUACCCAUUCUCAGACAAAACGAGGACCCGUCUGGCUACCCGUCAGAAGGACUGCCCACAGAAGACAGGUGGCAGUCAACUAACAGAGAAGCAUGGACAUCGGGCUUCCUGGCAGGCGCAUUAUGGCACCUCUCCUCUCUCGCAGACGCCACCGCCACCGCCACGUGGCAGAACCGCGCCCAAACAGUUCAGCAAGGGCUUCUGUCGAUGCAGCACCGGAAUCGAUCCCACGACGUCGGCUUCAUCAUGUUUUCCUCUUUUGGCAACGCCUUUCUCCGCACCAGGAAUUCCUCCUACUUACCCCCGCUGCACACCGCCGCCGUUACGCUCUCUGGCCGUUACAACCAAAUUGUUGGCUGCACGCGCUCGUGGGAUAACCAAAACGGCGCGCCGUCGGAGCGAUUCGAGGUGAUCAUUGACAAUAUGAUGAAUUUGGAGCUGCUUUUCUGGGUCGCCAAUUACAGUUCCAAUGCCACGCUGUACAACAUGGCCAUCUCCCAUGCCAUGCGGACCUCUUGUGAACAUGUCCGCCCAGACGGGAGUACGUGGCAUGUGGUGGCUUUCAAUUCCACCGACGGGGCCGUUAUGGAAAAGUACACUGUUCAAGGUUAUGCUAACGAUUCCACCUGGGCCCGCGGUCAGGCUUGGGCGGUUUACGGUUUUACCAUGGCUUACCGUUACAGCCAAAAUGUUUGGUUUCUGCAGACUGCCCAGAAAACUGCAGAUUUCUUCCUGGGACAUGUUGGAUCUGAGGAGAUGGUUCCUUACUGGGAUUUCGAUGCUCCUUAUCGGAAAGGCUAUCAGCCCAGGGAUACUUCUGCUGCCGCCAUUGCCGCGUCUGGACUGUUGGAAUUGGGGGAGUAUUUGGGGGAAAAGUAUAGAGAUGCAGGGGUCAAGAUUCUGGAGGGUCUUGUUAAAUAUAGGGCUGACAGGCUGGCCGUUUUUAAAAUUCCUGCAAUACUUCUCAACGGAACCAAGUUUUAUAACCAAAAUGAUUUUGACAGUGCUCUUAUCUAUGGAGAUUAUUACUUUCUGGAGGGGCUUCUCAGAUUGUCUCGUUAUGCCAUAGUUCCGACUCCUGUUUGA